AUGGUCACCAGCUCGUACCAGUCAUCUCCUCAACUUCCUAUGCACCCCCAGAGACAGCGUCUGUCCCUGCGUCCAUCCUCCCAACGCGCAUCGUCUGCCAUCUCGAGCCCUCAUCCAGAGGAUAAUCAUGGAGAAGCCGACGAACUGCUGUCACAAGAGGACGCAGACGCCCUCAAUGAGAUCAUCAUGGCGAUCGAUAUGAAAGAGAACGGUGCCCGUGGGUGCACUCUUGGCUGCGCCUAUUAUAUUGCUCUAGACGAAGCUCUGUACCUCCUCGAAGAUGUAGCAAUGGCUGGCGUUGAUCUCGUGGAGACUCUCCUCCUUUAUGCCAAGCCAACCACUGUUCUCAUCUCAUCGCGAGCCUCUGAGAGCCUCGCCGACUGUCUGGCGAGGGCCGCGCAAGGGAUCGACGGAAACCGAGGCGACCUUCCAGGUGCUUAUAUACUGAGAAAUCUGAACUCUGCGGAUUUUCGUUACGACACGGGCAAGGACAAGUUGCUGGGCCUCGACCUUGAGAUGGCCGGCCGUCAGAGCAUGUUGUAUACCACUGUCGUCGACGAAGGCAUUGUCGAAGAUGACCACGGCGGCCAAGAAGGCUCACGACAAGGUCGGCUCAUGCGUUUGGGGACUUCGGUCAACCUUGAUAGCCAACUUACCGUUGGCUGCGCCGGUGCGGUCCUCAAUGAUCUCCAUCGCAGGAAGACGGCGCAAUACCUGCCAAAUGAUCCUGAUGCACUGGUAGCAUACAAGAUCAGAUCGGUGGAGAUGUUCUCUCUGUUUGACUUCAUGUUUGUCAAUGCAGAUACUUUCGCAUCCUUGCAAAUCUUGCAAUCUGAGCACCACCCAAACAGUCAUCAACAGGGCGGGGCCAAGGAGAACCUGUCCGUUUAUGGACUCUUCCACCAUCUGGCCUCUACGCCGCAGGGAAAGUUGAAGCUUCGGCAGAUAUUCUUACGGCCGAGUAUGGACAUCGACUUGAUCAAUGAGAGGCAACAGACGUUCUCUUUCUUUCUACGCCCUGGCAAUGCUGAAUCGCUCAUGAACCUUGGCAAAUACCUCAGAAAGGUCAAAAACAUGAAACCCGUCAUGGCUCUCCUGCGAAAAGGUGUCGACAGUCCUGGCAGAAAGAUCUCCGUGAACAACCACGCGUGGGCAACUCUGCAGAGGUUCGCCGCUUAUAGCCUACAACUCAGAGAAAUGCUGCGAGAGCUACAAGGUGCAGAGAAAAUCGUCAUUAUCCGAAAGGUCUGUGAAAUCAUUGACCCAUUCCCAAUUGGCCAAGUUGGGGAACUUAUUACCCAGACGGUCGAUUUUGAGCAAUCUAUCGAGCGAGCGAGAACCGCUGUGAAGUAUGGCGUCGACGCUGAGUUGGACGGGCUCAAGCAAAGCUAUGACGGCAUGGAGGACUUCCUUACAAGAGUCGUCACCAGAUUGCGAGAUGAGGUCCCGGAAUGGGCCAGGAAGUACGUCAAGAAUUGCAUCUUCCUUCCGCAACUGGGCUUCCUGACUGUUGUUUCUCUCAACACCGAAACUGGGAAGGGCAACUACGAUGGCGAGGGAUUGAACGACGUCUGGGAGCGUAUGUUCGCCGCUGAAGGCUGUGUCUACUAUAAGAACGGCAAAAUGAAAGAUAUGGAUGCAGAAUUUGGUGAUGCGUAUUGCAUGAUUAUUGAUCGAGAGGUUGAGAUGAUUCACGGGCUUACGGUCAGGAUCUUAGAGCAGGAAGACGCUAUAAUUGCGGCAUCCGAGGUCCUAGGUGAACUUGACAGUUUCGUUGCCAUAUCGAUAGGGUGCGGCCAGUACAAAUGGACAGCACCGAAGAUGACCCACGAAAAUGUCAUACACAUCGAAGGCGGUCGGCACCCUUUACAAGAGCUCGUGGUACCGUCAUUCAUUGCCAAUGAUUGCGCAAUGGCUGGCGGACUGGGCGACUACGAUCGGGAGACGCCAGGUGUUUCUUCUUCAGCUGCUUCAGAUGGUCUGCACGACUCUGUUGACUGCCCCAGUACGCUUCUUCUCACGGGGCCGAAUCAUUCCGGAAAGAGUGUUUAUCUCAAACACGUCGCAAUCAUCGUCUAUCUUGCUCAUAUCGGUUGCUUUGUGCCGGCUGAGCGAGCUCGCAUAGGGAUAACUGACCGAAUCCUCACACGCAUCGCUACGCGAGAGAGCGUUUCAAGAAACGAGAGCGCGUUUGCCAUCGAUCUCCGCCAGGUCGCAUUUGCGAUGAAUUUCGCAACAUGCAGAAGCCUAGUCCUCAUAGAUGAAUUCGGCAAGGGCACAAAUAGUCAAGACGGUGCCGGCUUGUUGACAGCAACACUUCAUCACUUUGCCAGCCUUGGUAGUGAGCGACCCAAGGUACUGGCAGCCACGCAUUUCCACGAGAUCUUCGAAGGGCAAUUUGUGGAGGAGAGUGCAGAGCUGGCAUUCGCCCAUAUGGAUAUCCGCCUAGACUAUGACGCUGGAACACCGGAGGACCAGGUGAUCUACCUCUUUCAACUGGUACCAGGUCGGAGUAUCUCCAGCUUUGGUAGUCGUUGCGCAGCGAUGAAUGGUAUCGACCAGGCCGUAGUGGACAGAGCCGAGACCAUCAUGCUCCACAUGGUACGAAAUGAAGACCUCGAAGUAGUUUGCUCCCAGCUGUCAGAAGCCGAAUCACAAAAGCUUGCAGCAGCAGAGGCAGUUGCUCGAGCUUUCCUCGAAGAAGAUUUCGGUCCACCGCCGGGCAUCACUGGGAAGAAAGCGACCGACGAAUGGUAUCAAACCAAACUUCAGGCAGUGUUAUCCGCGGGCGAUCGCAUGCCUGAUGCUACGUCGAGCACGACUUGA